GUAUGCAGGAGACAAUGCAGCAGCCACACAUAUGUUUCCACAUAUGUGAGGCAUGUGGGCAGUGUAAAGAGCAGCAGCAUGAAAAGGCUGUUUUCAAUAAUACUGUAAUUUUCAGAGUAUGCAAUAUACGCAGAUAGGUUACCUAUUAGAGGAAAAACCUGAAUAAAUGAGGAACAUAACAAUGCAGAUGCUUCCACGGAAGAGUUCAUCGACUGGUUUGAGAAGAAUGAAAAUGAUGUAAAUCAUGAGCUUUGGCCUGCGACGUCAACUCAGUUUAAAACCUAUUGGAGAAUUGGGAGUGACAUGUUUGAUUGGACUCUCCACCACCAUCAUCAGCAUAAUACCAAAUGAAGGAAUAUAUUUUGGAAAGAAAAUCUAAAAUCUCAGCCUCUCGGAAGCUCAUGCUGAAGAGCUUGAUGGUCGCCACGGCCAUGGAGGAGCUGGAGCAGGAGAUGGAAGAAAAAGAGGAACAGAAGUCAAAGUACCUGGAUGAAAAAUCCCCUCCUAUCAGCAUGUCCUUAGACGAGCUGCAGACAUUGUGUGAAGAGCUGCAUGGCAAAGUAGACGUGGUGGACGAGGAGCGGUAUGAUAUUCAAGCCAAAGUCUCACACAACACCAGAGAGAUCAAAGACCUGAACAUCUAGGUCUUGGACCUGCGAGGGAAGUUCAAGAGACCCAGCCUGAGAAGGGUGAGGGUCUCUGCUGAUGCCAUCCUGCGAUCCCUACUGGGCUCCAAACACAAGGUCUCUCUGGAUCUGGGAGCUAAUCUCAAAUCAGUGAAGAAGGAGGACACAGAAAAGGAGAAGACGGUGGAGGUGAGCGACUGGAGGAAGAAUGUGGAGGCCAUGUCGGGCAUGGAGGGCCGCAAGAAGAUGUUCGACGCAGCAAUAGGCGAAAACCAGUAA